GGCCUGAGCGCGUCCGUCCGUUACGCCGCGGAGACGGCGAGAGACGGACGACCCGGCAGAGGACCCAACCGACCCGGCGGCGGCGGCGGGGAGCAAUGGAGUGGGGCGACGCGUGGAUGGCCCCCGACAAGCUGCAGCACGCCCUGGCCUGCUUCCUCAUCACCCUGCUCGCCGCCGCGCUUGCCGGCCGCAGCGCCCGCCCGGGGAUUCGGCGCCGCGCCGCGGCCGUCGGCUCCGCGGCCUCGCUCGCGGCCGGCGCCGCCAAGGAGGCCGCGGACGAGGCCGGAUUCUUCGGGUCCGCCGGCGCCUCGCCCAAGGACGCCGCCGCCGACCUCCUCGGCGUCGCGGCCGCCGCGCUCGUCCUCGCCCUGCUCCGCCGCCGGCGCCGCGAGAGGAAGGCGCGCGACGACGGCGACGGCGUCUCCAUGGUCUGACGGGCCGCCGGCCGGCUCCGAUCUAUUUGGGUUCGUUUGCUGUAGAUUAGUAGAGUCUACUGGUCUCUAACCUCGAAGGCAAGCUCGAUGUACACAAAGUUUAGUUGAAACAAUUGGAAAAUUUGUUUCUUGUUUGCU